CCAACUGGUUCCCACCUGGUUUGGACUGCACAAACAUUUGCAUGCUUCCGCUGGAAGGUACUGUGCGCCGAGGCUGCUGGUUACCCAGGCAGAUAAUAAAUGUAUUUGCCUUUUAGGGGACUGGAGGGUAAACCCAGAAUUGUAGCAGCAAACCGACACCCUGUGCUCUAUUUAUAGUGCUUGUCCUCAUCACCGACACUCACCAGAACCCUACAGAUUCAUCUACGCUCAGGAAACCACAAGCAGCAGCAUUAGAAUUAGAGACUAUGCGCCUCUCUAUGGAUGUCUCUCUGUCCCUCUUAUAACUGCACAUUUCUUUAUUGGAUCCAUCAACCUGACAUCCCUGUCUCUGGGCAUGCAGCGAAACUAAAGGACAAGAAUGGGGGUGACUGGCAGCAAAAAGCCGCAACAGAAUAAAGGAAAUAACCAAUUUAAUAGUUUGGCUCCACCCAUUCAGAACUACAGACAUUCCCUACCACCCCCUGUCCCCACAAAACGUUCCCAGAACUCUGCCUUGGGCCUUCCACAGUCCAGUGAUGAGAAGAAGUAUGUUACUGCGAUGUACGAUUUUGUGCCCAUUAACACCGGAGAUCUGCAGCUUCGCAAAGGGGAAAAACUUCAGCUCUUGUCUACGGACAAUAGAGACUGGUGGUUGGCCAAGUCUCUGACCACCGGACAAGAGGGAUAUGUCCCCAAUAACUAUGUAUCACCUGCCGACACGGAAUCAUUCUUUUUCAAAAACAUCAGCCGGAAGGAUGCAGAGAGGCAGCUGCUGGCUCCGGGUAACAAGCUUGGGACGUUCCUUAUCCGUGACAGUGAAACUAGCCAAGGCACAUUCUCACUUUCCGUCCGCGACAGAGAUUCUGCUCAGGGAGAUGUCAUCAAACACUAUAAGAUCAGAACGUUGGACAGCGGAGGGUUUUACAUUUCCCCUGCACUUACCUUUUGCUCACUACAAGAUCUAGUGAAAUAUUAUUCCAAAAAAACAGAUGGCUUGUGCCAAAAGCUUGGACAACCAUGCCCACACCAGGUUGCCAACAACUGGGAGGCAGAUGUAUGGGAGAUACCCAGGGACUCUUUGAAACUUGUGAAGAGACUAGGGGCUGGGCAGUUUGGAGAGGUCUGGAUGGGAUAUUAUAAAAAUAAUAAGAAAGUGGCCAUAAAAACAUUAAAGGAGGGCAGCAUGUCAAGAGAGGCUUUCCUGGAGGAGGCAAAUUUGAUGAAAACACUUCAACAUGACAAGCUGGUUCAGCUCUUAGCUGUGGUCACUAAGGAACCCAUCUACAUAGUAACAGAGUAUAUGGUCAACGGAAGCCUUUUAGACUUUCUAAAGACACACGAAGGAACGCAACUUACUUUCUCUAAACUGGUUGACAUGUCGGCACAGGUGGCCGAGGGCAUGGCGUAUAUAGAAAAAAAGAACUACAUUCAUCGAGACCUUAGAGCCGCCAACGUGCUGGUGUCAGAAAUUCUUUGCUGUAAAAUAGGAGAUUUCGGACUGGCGAGGGUUAUUGAUACAGAGUAUACAGCAAAAGAGGGUUCCAAAUUCCCCAUAAAGUGGACGGCGCCAGAAGCGAUCAAUUUUGGGAUUUUCACUAUUAAAUCAGAUGUCUGGUCCUUUGGGAUCCUGCUAACAGAGAUAGUGACAUAUGGGUGCUCGCCAUACCUAGGUAUGACCAACCCAGAGGUGAUUUGUAACCUGGACCAAGGAUAUCGCAUGCCCUGCCCCAACAACUGCCCGGCGGAACUUUACGAGGUCAUGUUGAGAUGCUGGAGGGAUAAACCCGAGGAACGACCCACAUUUGAUUACUUGCAGUCAGUUCUGGAGGAUUUUAGCACAUCGACAGAAAAGCAAUAUGAAGAGGAACCAUGAGUUUAGGACAGUUGGACUUUGGACCAGUAGCAGAUGAUGGUACAGCUAUGGGACCUGUUAUCCAGAAUGCUCGGGACCUGGGGUUUUCCGGAUAAUGGAUCUUUCUGUAAU